AUGCACCGCUUAAGGACUACAGUUGCAAGGCUUCGGCCUUUAACGGCCGCACAGACGGCCCAGAGCCCAUCGCGGCCCAGGCUGCUGGCGAUCGAAGGGGGAUUAAGGACGUUUGAGCCCGCGAGGCGCCUGAACACUUCUUCUGUGGUGGCUGAGCCUUUUCUUAAUGGCACCAGCUCCAACUAUGUGGAGGAGAUGUACUACGCAUGGCUGGAGAAUCCCAGGAAUGUGCACAAGUCCUGGGAUAUAUUUUUCCGUAACGCUAACGCUGGGGCUCCGCCUGGUGCGGCCUACCAGAGCCCUUCACCCCUCAUCGGGUCUUCUCAGGGACAGGCCAGUCUCCGGGGACUGAUGGGGGCUCAGCCCAACGUGGAGAAACUGGUGGAGGAUCAUCUAGCAGUUCAAUCCCUCAUUCGGGCAUACCAGGUACGAGGGCAUCACCUGGCCAAGCUGGACCCCAUGAACAUCAGCUGUGUGGACUUUGACGAUGCACCGUGUACCAUCGGUUUCCAGAACGUUGGUUUUUACGGGCUGGUUGAAGCCGACUUGGACAAAGUAUUUCGACUUCCCACGACCACCUUCAUCGGAGGCAGCGAGGGCUCUCUGCCUCUCAGAGAGAUUAUACGACGUCUGGAGAUGGCCUACUGUCAACAUAUUGGAGUAGAGUUCAUGUUCAUUAACGACAUGGAGCAGUGCCAGUGGAUCAGACAGAAGUUUGAGACACCGGGAGUCAUGCAGUUCAGUCCGGAAGAAAAGAAGACCCUUUUGGGCAGAAUGAUCCGAUCCACAAGGUUUGAGGAGUUCCUCCAGAGGAAGUGGUCUUCGGAGAAACGGUUCGGUCUGGAGGGCUGCGAGUCGCUCGUCCCGGCCCUCAAGGCAAUCAUAGACCGGUCCAGUCAGAGGGGAGUGGAGAGUGUGAUCAUGGGGAUGCCCCACAGAGGGAGGCUGAACGUCCUCGCUAACGUGAUCCGCAAGGAGCUGGACCAGAUCUUCUGCCAGUUUGACUCUAAACUAGAGGCUGCUGACGAGGGAUCUGGUGAUGUGAAAUAUCACCUGGGGAUGUAUCACAAGAGGAUGAACCGGGUCAGCGACCGGGAAAUCACCAUGUCCCUCAUGGCCAACCCGUCCCACCUGGAAGCGGUGGACCCCGUGGUGCAGGGCAAGACCAAAGCCGAGCAGUUCUACUGUGGAGACACCGAGGGCAAGAGGGCGAUGUCCGUCCUGAUUCACGGCGAUGCUGCGUUCGCAGGCCAGGGAAUCGUGUACGAGACGUUCCACCUGUCUGACCUGCCGUCCUACACCACGCAUGGCACCAUACACGUGGUGGUCAACAACCAGAUCGGUUUCACCACAGAUCCCAGGAUGGCGCGUUCCUCCGCUUAUCCUACAGAUGUCGCACGGGUGGUCAACGCUCCCAUCUUCCACGUCAACGCAGACGACCCCGAGGCUGUGGUGUAUGUGUGUGAAGUAGCAGCCGAAUGGAGGAACACUUUCCAUAAAGAUGUAGUUGUAGACCUGGUGUGUUACAGACGCAACGGGCACAACGAGAUGGACGAGCCGAUGUUCACGCAGCCGCUGAUGUACAAGCAGAUCAAGAAGCAGAAGGGGGUCCUGCAGCAGUUCGCUGGGAAGUUAAUCGCAGAGGGAGUCGUCACAACACAAGCCUAUGAGGAGGAAGUUGCGAGGUACGACAAAAUCUGCGAGGAUGCUUACGCUCGCUCCAAAGAUGAGAAGAUCCUUCACAUCAAGCACUGGCUGGACUCACCAUGGCCCGAUUUUUUCACAAAGGAGGGACAGCCCAAAAGUAUGAACUGCCCUUCCACCGGCAUCAGUGAAGAAGAGCUCACCCAUAUUGGACACAUCGCCGCCUCCGUCCCAGAGGAAGACUUCACGAUACACGGAGGUUUGAGUCGGAUCCUAAAGGGCCGUGCAAAUAUGGUGAAUCAGCGAUUGUGCGACUGGGCUCUCGGCGAAUAUAUGGCCUUCGGCUCUCUGCUCAAAGAAGGGAUCCACGUACGCCUUAGUGGACAGGAUGUGGAGAGGGGCACGUUCAGCCACCGCCACCAUGUUCUUCACGACCAGAACGUCGAUAAGAGGAUCUGCAUCCCGAUGAACUACGUCUCGCCUGAUCAAGCUCCCUACACGGUCUGCAACAGCUCUCUGUCGGAGUACGGAGUACUGGGUUUUGAGUUGGGCUUCGCCAUGGCCAGUCCCAACGCGCUGGUGCUGUGGGAGGCCCAGUUCGGAGACUUUCAUAACACGGCUCAGUGUAUCAUCGACCAGUUCAUCAGCUCGGGCCAGGCCAAGUGGGUGAGACAGAACGGCAUCGUGCUGCUGCUUCCUCACGGCAUGGAAGGAAUGGGUCCAGAGCACUCGUCUGCCCGCCCUGAAAGGUUUCUACAGAUGUGCAAUGAUGAUCCUGAUGUUUACCCUAAACUGUCCGAGGACUUUGCAGUGCGUCAGCUGUACGACUGCAACUGGAUCGUUGUCAACUGCUCUACUCCUGCAAACUACUUCCACGUCCUCCGCAGACAGAUCCUGCAGCCCUUCAGGAAGCCUCUGAUCGUGUUUACUCCCAAGUCGCUGCUGCGCCAUCCCGAGGCCAAGUCCAGCUUUGAUCACAUGCUGCCAGGCACACACUUCCUGCGUCUAAUCCCCGAGGACGGGCCUGCAGCGGCCAGCCCAGAGGAGGUGAAGAGAAUCGUGUUCUGCACCGGCAAGAUCUACUAUGAACUCACCCGUGAACGCAAGAAGCGAAGCAUGGACGCCGCUGUAGCCGUCGUCCGUGUCGAACAGCUGUCACCCUUCCCGUUUGACCUGGUGAAAGCGGAGACGGAGCGCUAUCCAAACGCUGACCUGGUGUGGUGUCAGGAAGAGCACAAGAACCAGGGUUACUACGACUACGUCAAGCCCCGCAUCCGCACCAUCAUCAACCGGACCCGGCCCGUCUGGUGA